AUGAGGCGGGAGCGGGCGGGCCUCUUCGUCGGCGUGGUCUUCUGGGCGCCGGCCCGCCUUACUGACGCGCGGCGACGGGGGCCCAGCUGCCAGCAGUACCUCCUGAGGCGCGCCAACGGCAGCGCGGCGGCAGGGCCGUCGCUGCGCCGACCCGCUCAUGCCGUCCUCAACCGCUCGGCGCCGCUCGUGCCCUGCCAGGGGCGGCGUGGCGGUAUCGUAGACCCCUCCACCAUCGUCAGCGAGUUUGACCUCGUGUGUGUCAAUGCUUGGAUGCUGGACCUCACACAAGCCAUCCUAAACCUGGGCUUCCUGGCCGGAGCCUUCACCUUGGGUUAUGCGGCGGACAGGUACGGCAGGAUAGUCAUUUACUUAAUAUCCUGCUUCGGUGUUGGCGUCACCGGUGUUGUGGUGGCGUUCGCACCAAAUUUCCCCGUGUUUGUGACCUUCCGCUUCCUACAAGGUGUGUUUGGAAAGGGCACGUGGAUGACCUGCUACGUGAUCGUAACAGAAAUAGUAGGUUCAAAGCAAAGGAGAAUUGUGGGGAUAGUAGUCCAAAUGUUCUUCACCCUUGGAAUCAUAAUUCUCCCUGGAAUUGCCUACUUUAUCCCCAGUUGGCAAGGGAUCCAGCUAGCCAUAACGCUGCCCAGCUUUCUCUUCCUCCUUUAUUACUGGGUGGUUCCUGAAUCUCCUCGCUGGCUGAUUACUCGGAAGAAAGGAGAUAAAGCAUUAAAAAUUCUGAGGAACAUUGCCAAAUGCAAUGGGAAGUAUCUCUCACCAAAUUACUCAGAGAUCACUGUUACAGAUGAGGAAGUUAGUAACCCAUCCUUUUUAGAUCUGGUGAGGACUCCCCAAAUGAGGAAGUGCACACUUAUUCUUAUGUUUGCUUGGUUCACAAGUGCCGUGGUUUAUCAAGGACUCGUCAUGCGCCUGGGGAUUAUAGGAGGCAACCUGUAUAUCGACUUCUUCAUCUCGGGAGUUGUGGAGUUGCCUGCAGCCCUCUUGAUCUUACUGACCAUUGAGCGUUUUGGACGCCGCCUUCCCUUUGCAGGAAGCAACAUGGUGGCAGGCGUGGCCUGCCUUGUCACCGCAUUCUUACCAGAAGCUGGGAUACCGUGGUUGAGAACCACAGUGGCUACCCUGGGAAGACUAGGGAUUACCAUGGCCUUUGAAAUUGUUUAUUUGGUAAAUUCAGAAUUGUACCCAACAACAUUACGAAACUUCGGAGUUUCUCUCUGCUCGGGUUUAUGUGAUUUUGGGGGAAUCAUAGCCCCAUUUCUGCUCUUCCGGCUGGCGGCCAUUUGGUUAGAACUACCUCUUAUCAUCUUUGGUAUCCUGGCAUCUGUCUGCGGCGGGCUCGUGAUGCUGUUGCCUGAAACCAAGGGUAUCGCCUUGCCAGAAACAGUGGACGAUGUAGAAAAACUUGGCAGUCCAUAUUCCUACAAAUGUGGCAGGAAAAAGAAAACCCAAGUUUGCAGCUCGCACCUUUGA